AUGAGUUCACGAGCGUUCAAGGCGGCAUUCGACCGAUUUACGGCAAGGAGAGGAAGAAUCAGUGACAUGUACAGCGAUUGUGGAACAAAUUUCGUAGCUGCGGACAAGGAAUUACGAGAGGAGUUUAAAAGGUUGAUGAAAGAUGAGAAUCUUCAAGGCUAUUUGGCGAAGGACGGAACCGCUUGGCAUUUCAAUCCUCCAGCUAGUCCACACUUUGGAGGUCUUUGGGAGGCUGGUGUAAAAUCCAUCAAACAUCAUUUGAAGCGAUUGGUUGGUAACAACAUCUUUACGUUUGAAGAAAUGACUACUCUUCUUUGCAAGAUCGAAGCCUGCCUAAAUUCGCGUCCGUUAUGUGCCAUGAGCGACGAUAUCAAUGAUGUUUCAUAUUUGACGCCUGGGCAUUUUACAAUUGGAGAGCCACCGAUAGUUAUACCUGAACAGAACUAUUUGGACUCAAAGGUAAAUCGGUUGUCCAGAUGGCAAUUGAUUCAGCGUACACUUCAGCAAUUUUGGAAGAUCUGGUCGAGUGAAUAUUUGUCAAGGCUACAGCAACGACCGAAGUGGUUUAAACCGAAGGAAGAUGUUCGCGAAGGGCAAUUGGUAUUGUUACGUGAGGAUUAUAUUCCACCAGCAAAAUGGCCUUUAGCACGGAUAACGGAUGUUCAUCGUGGACAUGACGGUAAGGUGAGAGUUGUAACCUUAGAGAAGCAUUCAGCUAGGAUUAAGCCUCCAAUUCCAAGUGGGUUUGAUCAAUAUUUGAAGAAGCUGGAUACGCAUAAGUCUGUUUUGGAUAGGCCGAUUAGCAAGAUUUCUGUGUUGCCUAUAGAGGAUAAUGAAGGUGUGAAGCUCAGAGCUAAUUUGUUACGCAGUUCAAAUUGA